AUGGUGUCACAAUUACUCGACCAUGUCGACCAGGAAAAAGGCCCGGACAUCACUUUAGCUACAGACGACCUGCCAGACUAUGCGCAGCGCCCGAAAUGCUUCAACUCGACUUUUCAAGAAUGUCUUUUUGUUCUAACGGCGACAAUGGCUAUCGGCCAACAAUCCUUCUUCCAGGGCGCUAUUGUGGGAGUCACCGCGUCCAUUGGGUCCGAUUUAAAUAUGAACUCGGCGGAGAUUACCUGGAUCAAUGCCGGUGCCUCUCUUAGCAGCGGUGCCUUCUUGCUGACCUUUGGCAAGCUCGCCGAUAUGUUUGGCCGCAAGGUGCUCUUUAUUAUCGGCAUGGCGGGCUUCACACUUUCGCUCUUGGUCGCCGGAUUUGCGACCAAUGCAAUCUAUAUGGAUGUCUUCUCCGGUAUCCUAGGUCUAUUUGCCGCUGCGGUUGUCCCACCAGCUGUGGGGGCUCUAGGCGCGGUAUACGAAAAGCCGUCAAUACGAAAGAAUCGGGCCUUUGCUUGCUUUAGUGCGGGCAAUCCACUUGGGUUCGUGGGUGGCAUGAUUAUCUCUGGCGUCGCAUCGCAUGAGUAUAACUGGCGUGCCUCGUUUUGGGCGCUGGCUGUCGUCUAUGCCAUCUUCACCGUACUUACAGUCUGGACUGUGCCACCGGAUGGAUUCUCUCGGACCCCAGUCAGUAUUGAAGCUGUCAAGCAAUUCGAUCUCUUUGGCACUGCGUUGGUGGUCGUCGGAUUUGCUUUUUUCUCCAGCUCCCUUUCAUUGGCUGGCGAUGCUCCCGAUGGUUGGAAGACUGGCUACGUCCUCGCUCUUUUUAUUGUGGGCUUCUUCCUUCUCGUUGGAUUUCUGUACUGGCAGUCCGUCGUAGAAAACCCUCUGAUGCCCCUGUGGGUGUGGAAGGACCGCAAUUUCUCGUUGCUCAUGGCAACCUUUUGUCUUGGUUUCAUGGGAUUUGCAGCGGUCUCUUUCUAUCUUUCACUGUACCUUCAGGAGGUCAAACAUCUUACAGCACUCGAUAUCACCGCGCGGCUACUCCCCAUGGUCGUCAGUGGCGUGCUUGUUAAUGUGGUCUGCGGUCUGAUUCUGCACCGCGUGAGCAACACUUUAUUAACCGGCAUCGGGGCUUUGGCGUAUACCGCCUCCUUCCUAAUUCUGAGCUUCAUGAAGGAAGACGCUAUCUACUGGGAAUACAUCUUCCCGGCGCUUGUUCUCAUCGUGGUGGGUGCUGACAUCCAGUUUAACGUAACAAAUAUGUACGUGAUGUCUUCGCUUCCUCCGUCCCAGCAAUCUAUUGCGGGCAGUAUCUUCAAUACUGUCAGCAAGCUUUGUAAUAACCUGGGCCUUGGCAUUGCGACGUCCGUCAAUAAUGCUGUUGCCAAUCAAAUGACGGCCACUACGCCUGCUAUUCGCCCUUACUUAGCGGUCUAUUGGUUCGCUGCCGCGGCGGCCGGCUUGUCCCUGGUUAUGGUUCCUUUCUUGACGCUGGGCACACAAGGCGAUGCUACUCCUGCAAAAAACGAUCAACCAGUAGCCACAGGCGAUGAGACCGGAGAACUAAGCGAAAAUAAUACAAUCGUAAAUGAAUUAACGGACGCUGAGACUCGCACCGCCACUCCAGUUGAGGAGUCGGGAAAGCAGCAACAGCAGUGA